UCGCGGGACUGCGCAUGCGCGGCUGCGCGUCCCCUGCGCUAUGGCGCACAGAGAGGUGGACCUGUUGCGCCAGUGUCCGCUGCUUCUGCCCCAGAAUCUGACAAAAACAGUGUAUGAAGGAUUCAUCUCGGCUCAGGGAAGAGACUUCCACCUUAAAAUUUUGUUGCCUGAAGAUUUACAACUGAAGAAUGCAAGAUUAUUGUGUAGUUGGCAGCUGAAAACUGUACUUAAUGGAUACCAUGAAAUAGUCCAACAGAGAAUGAAGUAUGCUCCUGAUCUAAUGAGCUUUAUGAUGGAGUUGAAGAUGAUCUUGGAAGUUGCAUUAAAGAAUAGACAAGAGUUGUGUGUAUUACCUCCUCCUUCCCAGUUCUAUUCACUCCUUAUUGAAGAGAUAGGAACUCUUGGUUGGGAUAAACUUGUAUAUGUGGACACUUGCUUCAGUACCAUCAAGUUAAAAGCAGAAGAUGCUUCUGGUAGAGAGCAUCUAAUCACUGUCAAGUUGAAGGCAAAGUACCCUGAAGAAUCACCUGAUUGUUUUGUGGAUUUUCCUGUUCCAUUUUCUGUUUCCUGGACACCACAGAGCUCCUUAAUAAGCAUCCAUGGUCAGUUUUUGGCAGCAUUGGAAUCACUGAAGGCAUUUUGGGAUACCAUGGAUGAAAUUGAUAAGAAGACCUGGGUACUUGAGCCACAGAAACCUACCCGGAGUGCAACAGCACGCAGAAUUGCAUUAGGGAAUAAUGCUUCCAUAAACAUAGAGGUAGAUCCCAGGCAUCCUACCAUGCUUCCUGAGUGCUGCUUUCUUGGAGCUGACCAUGUUGUAAAACCUAUGGGAUUUAAGCUGAGCAGAAACAUGCAUUUGUGGGAUCCAGAAUAUAGUCUAUUACAAAAUUUGAAAGAUGUUCUAGAAAUUGAUUUUCCAGCUCGUACUAUUCUGGAAAAAUCUGAUUUUACUAUGGAUUGUGGAAUUUGUUAUGCUUAUCAACUUGAUGGUGCAAUUCCUGAUCAAGUGUGCAAUAAUUCCCACUGUGGACAGCCUUUUCAUCACAUAUGCUUAUAUGAGUGGUUGAGAGGACUGCUCACUAGUAGACAGAGUUUUAACGUCAUAUUUGGUGAAUGUCCAUACUGUAGUAAGCCAAUUACCUUGAAGAUGUCUGGAAGGAAACCCUGAAAUAAGUGCAUAACAUUUCUGUGAAGAACUGGAAACUUGAAAAAUUAUCAG